GGGUAUGUGGGUGGGUGGCCAAAGGAGCUGAAUCAUUCCCUUGAUAUGUUCUUAUGUGUACCCACUCCAUCUAUGUGAAUCCAUGUAUUCUUCUCUUCAAUCAUCCAAUCCAAGAGAAGACAAGGGCCCCCUCUUUUUCUUUUUUUUCCUCCUCUUAUAGUACUAAGUAGGCUCAUAUGGUCAACCUAGGUAGAGUGAUAUGCGGAUUAUCAUAAUUCCCAAUACCUUAUUCAUUCCCCUACUCAUUCCAUUCUUUAAUAAUCACACUCCCAUUCAACCCUCUCUUCAUUUCAUUUCUCAUAUAAGUCCUUGAAUAUCUUUCACACACAAAGAAGAUCUUGGGUGCAAUGGGUCUUGAAGAGAUGUGUAAUACUGGCCUUGUUUUAGGGUUGGGAUGUGAGGCUAACGUCUCAAACCGUCAUGACCCAGAUCACCAACGACAUAGCCAAAGCUGUAAGUUGGAGAGGGUGUUUCCGAUGGCGAGCAUAGAGACUUGUCUCACCUUAAGUCUUGCAGACGAUUCCUAUAAGUCGUCGAAGAAGAUUGAUAUGAACAAGGCGUUUGAUGAUGGGUUGGAUGCUCGACAAUCGUCUCCGCAUAGCGCUGUCUCCUCCUUCUCUACUGUGAAUCAUGAUCUCGCUAGCAUUAAGAGAGAAAGGGAUGUGGGGAGCGAAGAAGCUGAAUUAGAGAGGCUUUCGUCACGCGUAAGUGACGAAGACGAAGAGGGGAGUGCUAGAAAGAAACUUAGACUCACCAAGGAACAAUCAGCCCUCUUAGAAGAAAGUUUCAAAGAGCAUAGCACUCUCAAUCCGAAGCAAAAGCAAGCUUUGGCUAAGCAAUUGAAUCUCCGGCCCCGACAAGUGGAAGUUUGGUUCCAAAAUAGAAGAGCAAGGACAAAGCUCAAACAAACCGAAGUAGACUGCGAAUUCCUCAAGCGAUGUUGUGAGACAUUAACAGACGAAAAUCGGAGGCUGCAGAAGGAGCUCCACGAGCUUAAGGCCCUGAAAUACGCAGCGCCGUUCUACAUGCAGCUACCUGCAGCGACGCUUACCAUGUGCCCGUCUUGCGAGAGGAUUGGAAGCGGCGGUCCGACCGGUGAAAAUCCUAAUAAGAGCUCAUUUACAUUGCCACCUAAAGCUCAUCAAUUCUACAAUCCUUUCAGCCGUUCAUCGUCUACGACAUGUUAGAAGAAAUCACACCAUUUUAUUGAGAAAUUAGUGUGACUAAUGUGUAGAAAGAAGUAGCUAAUUAGCUAUUAGUGAUAUUAAUUUUUACUAAUUUUCAUCGCAUUCCAUGUUUUAGAAGGGAAAUUAAGAUGACCCAUUUCUUGAUUUUAA